AUGGCCAGAGCCAGCCAGGAGGCCGUUCAGGCUUCUCCUGAGAUCAUCCGCACCUCGGACGAAAAGCACACCGGUCAAGAUGCCACCCAGAUCGAGCGCACGCUGUCCGGCGCCGACGCCAAGGUCGACCACAUCAACUACGACCGUGUUGACGACGAAAUUGCAAAGUACGCCAAUGCUACUGGUGCGAUCGUCAUCACCGAGGAAGAGAACAAGCGUUUGAAGAAGCUCAUCGACAGACGCGUGCUUCCCAUCAUGAUCGUCACCUACUUCCUCCAGGCACUGGAUAAGGGUACCAUGUCCUUCAGUUCCAUCAUGGGAAUCCGCAAUGAUAUCCCGAUCCUGCAAAACAACUACUACUGGGGUUGGCUCACCACCUGUAUCUACAUCGCCAUCCUCUUCGUCGAAUUCCCCAUCAACUGGCUCAUCCAGCGCGUUCCCGUCGCCAAGUUCCUCAGCUUGAAUAUCUUGGCCUGGAGUGUCAUCCUCUGCUGCCACGCUGCCUGCUUCACCUUCCCUGCCCUUAUCGCUUGCCGAACCCUGCUUGGUAUCUUCGAGGCGGUCUGCCAACCCGCCUUCUUGGUCAUGAGUUCGAUUUGGUACAAGCGUGAGGAACAGGCCCAGGUUGUCACCUACUGGUACAUGAUGAACGGCAUGCAGCAGAUCUGCGGUGGUCUUUUGGCCUACGCCUUUUCCCACAUUGAGCACCCCAGCUUCAAGCCCGGCGGUACCGCUGCGAUCCGUUCGUGGCAGGCCAUUUUCAUCACCUACGGCAGUGCCUCGUUCAUAUGGGGACUGUACGUCCUUUGGAGAUUGCCUGACAGCCCCAUGCGUGCCAAGUGCUUCUCCGAGACGGACAAGAAGCUCAUGGUCGAGCGUGUCCGCUCCAACCAGACCGGUCUUCAGAACAAGAAGUUCCGUGCCUACCAGGUCAAGGAGGCCCUGCUGGACCCCCAGACCUACUGCUACAUGCUCAUCCAGAUCUGCACGACUCUUCCCACCUCGGGUCUCGGUGCCUUUUACAACAUUAUCAUUAAGGACUUGAAGUUCUCCCUCCUUGAGACUCAGCUUCUGGCCAUGGUUCUCGGUGCCGUCAUCAUCUUUACACUGAUGACCUCGGCGUGGAUGACCAAGAAGUGGAACCAAAACUUGAUCACCAUGGCGAUCUUCCUGAUCCCAUCUUUCAUCGGCACGAUCGUCAUCAUGACCGUUCCCAACACGAACAACGCGACCAAGGCCGGUCUCCUGAUCAGCUACUGGAUUGUCUUCACCUUCUGGGCUGCUCAGGGUCUCGGUAUGUCCAUGCUGACGCGAAACGUCGGUGGCCAGACCAAGAAGGCGGUCUGCAUCACCAUGAACUUCUUGGCGUGGUGUGGCGGUAACGCUGCGGGCCCUCAAGUGUUCUUCAGCUGGGACGGGCCUCGUUACCUCAAGGCCUUCACCAUCCACCUUGUCUGCUACUCUGUUCUCGUUGGUGUCAUUGUUUUCCUCCGCUGGAACUUGACGUGGCGCAACAAGAGAAAGGACAGGCAGCACGGAGCCGAGAUUGACACGACUCACGGAUUUGAUGACUUGACGGACAAGGAGAACCCGAACUUCCGCUACGUCUACUAA